AUGAAGCUAUUAUAUUGUAUUAUUCUUUUUCCAUUGCUUGUCUUCAAUGGAUAUGUUGACGGUCAAUUUUUACUUCCACCGAUCAAUUUGAAUGAAUACGAUGCAUACGGAUCACUUCUAGCUAUGAAUGAAUAUUUAAGUAUAUUAGCUCAAAAUGAUCAAGAACAAUUCACAAUAAUUACAUAUCCAUUUUCAAAUCGAUCAGAAAAAUGCAGUUUACCCUACAAUGUAAUAGCACAAAAUCAAACAUCGUUGAUUCGAUUUGUUUACAGUGUAGUCAUUGGAGCAAAACAAAAUGAAAGUCAAUUGUUUUUUUCUUAUAUUAAUGAAAAUUGGCGACGAGACGUUUUUUUAACAAUUAUCUUUCUCGAACCGACAAGUGAAGGUUGUGUUCAAGUUGUCAGUCAAGUAGCAAUCAAUAUAACUGAUCUUCAAAUGCAAGAACAUGCUAUUGUUGGUAUAGAUCCAUACGGAAAACGCGCUUAUGCAGUUGGUAUAUAUUACAUUGUAUGCUAUGAAAUUGGAACAGGUACUAAAUGGCAACUCGAUACUAAGCAAUUAUAUGGAAAUGAAAAUAGUUUUGAGAUUUACUUCUUUCCAAAAGCUUUAGCUAUUACUGAAGAUCAAAUUAUUUUCAUCGUUGGUCAAAGAUUUACUAAUUCACAAUUUUCUCCUUAUUUAUUUGUGCUGAAUUUUCUGUCAACAGAUAGUGUUACUCUGUCUUCAAGUACGGAAUUAGCUAAAUUUAAUUUUGGUCCUACUGCAAUCGAUAUCACUCGCAAUUCAAUUAUGUCUAUUGCUGUUUUGGAUGAUGUUAAUUGGUUCAUUAUUGGUAUUCCUUAUUUGAAUAUGAUUCUCCUCUUAUCUUGGAAACGUUCCGAUGCAAAUGAAGCACCGAUCAUCUUACAAAAACAUAUCUCAUCACACAAAGAUAUCUUAUUCGGCAAGUCUGUUGCUUUACUCGAUAACAAUACAUUUGUUAUACUUGCUCACGCUUUACCCACUCUACCAUGGUCUACAUCACAAGUGCAGGUAUAUUCGAUCUCUGAUGAUGAACUAAAUCAACAACCAUUAAUUAUCUAUCCGAACAAUCAACAGAUUAUUCCUUCAUUGAAUUCUCAACCACCUCCACAUAGUAUUUUAACUGUUGUAUCUUGGAAAUCGCAUUUGGGUUUAGUAUUUGAUGUUGGCGUUGCUCUGCUCCUUUCAAGUAGUCUACCCGGUUACUACUCCGCUCAACUUGACGAUGAUAUAUCCAAUAUGGCAGUUUACAGUUCUGUGCCAUGUAUUCCAGGUACUGCACGUAAUACAAUUAGUAUUGGUCCUUGUUUUCUUUGUCCGUCAAAUACAAAAAAUAAUGGUACGUUAGGAAUUGAAUGUGAACCAUGUAUUUCAAAUGAUUCUUCAUUAUGUUUACGUGGUUCAUUACCUGAAAUUCCUAUGGACAACGUUUCAACAUAUGAUCAAGCUAUUCCUUAUCCAAAUUCGCCAGAGUUAGUUGAAUUCGAUGAUAUACUCUUGGAAUAUCUUUUUAGUCUAACGGCGACACCAUCCCAUUGUUUACUUAUUUCGCCACUUUUUUGGACGUGUCUCGCAAUCGGCGUGGGAUUAAUAAUUUUUCUUGUAAUGACUAUUCUCGUUUGUUUUCCACAGCUUAAACCCCAUCGAACAUUGUUCAAGAAAUGUUUACAACAUAUAGAUCUGGUAGGUGAAGGUGAAGUAUGGUUUGGAGGUUUAAUAACAUUUGCCAUUAUUGUACUGUUAGUAUUCACUUGCAAAUUUAUUGUUUCAUUCACACAACUCUAUCCGAUUGAAACAAUAUCAUCGAAUAUUGAAGAAACAUCGACAUGUGAGCCACUAAUAUCAAAUACUAAGUUUACUAGUGGUCUGCAACUUCUCACUAUUGGUCAACACGAUGAAGAGAAGCCUAUAUUUACUAUGCUCGACGAACAAAAUAUUAUUCUUACGGUUCAUUUCGUUGGAACCAGUUUCAAUUGUGAUCAUUUAAUGAUGCAAGAGAAUUUAAAUCGAGGAAAGAAAAUCUCAUUAAACAAUUUCAAUUGUUCCUAUGACAGUGAAAUUAAUAUUCUUUCUGUUUCAACAUUAUUACCACAACAUCUGAUUACGAUGCAGUUUGAUUUGAUUGGACCUUAUUUUGUUGGUGGACUUCGUAUAUGUCUCUCGGAUACAUCUCGAACGAUCGAUGAUGAUGACAAAUAUACAUUACAAGAACUUGAUUUCUGUCAAUUUUUCUAUGCAGAUAAUGAAACAUUAUCAAUAAAUCCAACUAUUAAUAUUAAAAUGACAAAAGUUGUCAAUCGAACAGUCGGUUAUACAACAGAUAUUGAUACGAUUUUUAGUGGUAUAUGGAUCCCAACGUUAACAAUAAAUUCAUUUGCUGACACACUUCUAUUUAAUGAAUAUGGCGAAUAUAUACGGUAUUUAUCUGAUCGUGUUACUUUGAUAGUUGACAUGAGUGAAUCAGAAUUUUUUAUGAUGAAUACACAAGAACCUAUCGCUCGACAUACUGAAAUUGUAUUACAUACAUUUCUCUUUACAAUUGUGCUUCUGGAUCUGUUUGGCCUAUUUUUUCUUGUGACUAAAUUGUUAAUUGUUCCUCUUCUGAAACUUAUCCACCGACGAUUCUUUACCAAGACAGAACGACCAAUCGAAAAUCAUGAAAAACUUGUACGACUUACUCGUGUCAGUCCAUUUACUGAUCAUCAACUGUAA